AUUGAUUGUUCAGUUUUUCUAAAGGGAAAUGUGAAAUUUUAUUCUGUAAAUUAUGACUAAAAGAACUACAAGAAGUAUUUAUUAGGACUUCUAAAAUGAGGAAUUUCCUCGACUAAUUGAGACAGGAAAUAUGGAAUCCUAUGUCCCAGUAAUUCCCUCACCCAAUUUUGAAGUCACAGACGACUCCAUACCCCACCUUAAAAAUCCACAAGCAACACAUUGGAGAUCAAAGUGGAAUAGAUGUGAUUAAGUACAAACUCUUCACCACUCUCAUAAAACAACUCAAAAUUAAUGUCCUAAUAAUCCCAGCUUUGUAUUGAAAGGGCAGCACAUUAUUAAAAAGAGAUGUUAAAUAAAUUUAGAUUACUAUUAAAGAAAGGAGAGCUGAGGGUUGUUAAUAACUGUUUUCAAGCAUAUAAAAAGCUCUAUAAAAAGGUUGACCAGAUGUUUUCCAUCUACAUGAAGACACAAUCAAAUUAAAUGGUUGCAAAUUACAAGAAAGAUGUAAAUUAUACCUAAAAAAGCUUCUCCACUGGAGGUUACUGAAAUGGAACAGUCAUCCUUCACCAGUUAAGUAUAGCACUACUUGGAAGCAGAAGAUGAGGAGAUAGUAUCUGCUGGGAUUUUUCUUCUGGUGGAAAUAGACACAGGGGUCUCUAAAUAAAUUGACCAUUGCGACGAUAACAAGAUAUACUCAUUAUGAUCUUGUUUUUUUUCCUUUCUUCAUUAAAUUUUUAUUUGGAACACAGGAAAAAAUAAUUUAAAAAAAAUAAAGUGAACACAGGAAGUGUGACUAGGUUAGAAUGGUUGAAGAAGGUGAAAUAAAUGGGGGAGAACAAGAAUUCACAGUUAGAAAGUGAUCUAUGGAUAAUAGCAAGCCCAAAAAUAUUUUCUAUCUGUGCCAGUUCUGAAGUCCAAAACAAAUGAUCUAGAAAACAUUACAAACAAAAGUUCUUUGAAAUUUAAUGCAAACUAUUUCAUAUAUGUGCAUUUUUUAAAAAUAAUCAGGGUCUAAAGCAUUCAUUUAUUCCAAAGGUUGACUCCAAAAAGUUUCAGUAUCUUAGAUGAAACAUUCCUGUGGACUAAUUGUGUUGCUAUUCUGAUCAUGACUUUGCCUUAAAAAUUAGGAGCUAGCUAGACUGGGGACUUCUUUUCUGGAGAUGAACUAAGAAAAUGUUCUUGACAAGGUAUCAAGUGUCUUUCAGGGACUGUUGAAAGCUAUCCUAAUGCCCCUUUAGCUCCCACUUCCCUGACCCUAUAGUUUAGGAGAUAAACCUCGGAGAUCAUCAAAGAGAAGGAAAUGGUGCCUCUCCAAGUGCAUAGCCCCAUCACCUGUUUCUCCUUUUCAGGUAGUACAUCCACCUCUGUCUUCAUUGAGUAGAGGCAAGGCAUUGCAUUUUUGUUUCCUCUCUUCCUCAUUCCCACUUUUUGUCUCAGCUAAGUACAUCCCUAAUUCUACAAUGCCUGCUAAUGAAUGUGUUAGAAAGAUGAUCACUUUGAAAGAAAGAGAAAAAUUGAUGGUUUGGAUGCUAAAUAUAUAAAUCAGUCACCAAUUAUUUUACCUUCUCUGUGGCUAGCUGUGAUAGUUAUUUAUAUACAGAAAUCAUGGGGCACUUAGUUUAAUGUAGAUUUAACUAACAUGCAAAUUGAAACGUAGAGGUUUUUUGUUUGUUUGUUUAAAACUAUUUAGGCCUUCUACCUGACUCAUCAAAUAUCAAGAAAAUAAAUAAAUAACUUCACAUUAUACUUUAAAAUAAGUUCUACCUGAUGCCAUAAACCAGGGGUUGCAAACUUUUUCUAUAGAGGGCCAAAUAGCAAAUAUUUUAGGCCUUGUGGGCCAUACUCUCUGUAAUGGUUAAUUUUAGGUGCCAACUUAAGAGAAUUAAGGGAUACUCAGAUAGUUCAUACAGCAUGAUUUCUGGGUGUUUCUGUGAGGGUGUUUCCAGAAGAGACUGGCAUUUGAAUUAGGGGACUGUGCAUGGAAGAUCUGCCCUCACCAAUGUGUGCAGACGGCAUCCAAUCACUUGAGAGUGCAGAUAGAUCAAAAGACAAAGAAAGAAGAAUUCCUUCCUGUCUCUCUUACUUUUUUGGAGCUGUGACAUCCAUCGUCUCCUGCUCUUAUACAUGAGAACUCCAGGAUCUUCAGCCUUCAGACUUCGGGACUUGUACCCCAGUCUUGCCCCCAGGUUCUCAGCCUUGGAUUGACAGUGAUACCAUCUGCUCCCUUGGUUCCCAGGCUUUGGAUGUGGACUAAGGCGUGCUACUGGCUUCCUUCGUUCUCCACAUACAGAACAAAUAUCAUGGGAUUCUCAGCCUGCAAAGUUGUAUGAGCCAAUUCCUCUAAUAAAUUACCUCUCAUAUAUCUAUUUAUUUUUAUAUAUAAGUAAAAUACAUAAUAUAUGAAUAUAUAAUUCAUUGUCAUUGUAGCACAAAAAGCACUCAUAAAUGAUACAUAAAUAGAUUAGAUUUGGCUAUUUUCCAAGAAAACAUUAUUUAAAAAUGAGGCAGUGGCUGGAUUUGACCACCAAACAUAUUGUUUGCUGACUGUUGCUUUGAACAGUCCCUUUGGGUAAUUUUGAAUUUUUUAUUCUCUCAGAUAUUCUCUCCUUUCACCUGCUUUUCUCCCUCAGAGGAAGUUCAAGAGAAUAAGUGAAGACAUCGUCCUGUCUGUCAUCUUCCAACCUCAAGGCCAUGCUCCUGGUCUACCUGCCUCUGCUUGUUUAGGUCCUAAGGCCAGGAUGGUUUGUCAUCUGUGACUUCCCAGGAAGGGCACUGAGUAGAGCAGCCUUGCUGCCUUAUUCCCCCUCAGCUCCUUUGGUGCUGCGAUCUUUCAGGGGUCCAGCUGUGGCUGCCACCCAGUCUCAGGCCAGGCAGGCAGCUCUGCAGCCCCCGGGGCCACUUCAUCCUCUAAUAGCAAUCUCCACCCCCCCCCACAAGCUCCCCAGCCAUGUCUGCAUCCUACCUGUACCACAUGUAAACCAAGGGCAGUUUGGGGAACUGCCCAUCAAGAUUGCGGGUGUCUAACUAUACUGGCCAAUUUUACUUUGACUAUUCCUGUGGUUGUAAAAGGCCUCCCUGUUUCCCUCUGUUUUUAAUAUUACCUGAAAUUAUCUGACACUCCCCGCUUAGGCCAAAGCCCACACAGCUUCCCUCAGUCUUAAACCUUGAUAUGUUAGAAAAGGAAUAAAGGUAUUUGAAAAAAAAAAUGUUUUCUCAAAAUAAUAACUGAAUUUUCAUCUUGUACUAUUAAUGUUAAUAUAUGUCAGAAGCAGAAAAUUACAUUCUCCUUUCUCUCCUGGAUGCUGAAUUGACCUAGUGGCUUGUCUUGGACAUCCUGGUACCAUCUUUUUAUAUAUUUCUGGACUCUGCCACUGUGUGCUAGCCCCCUGGACCCAGUGAGGUCUGGCAGUAAUGGGAUAUGCGGACAGUGGCAAUGUAGGUGGACUCCAGAAUUUGUUUCUAAGUUUGAAACUUUUAGUCCUUUUAAAAAUGGGAUUACCUCACACUGUGAGCAAACAAAGGUUACCUAUCAAAGAUUGCUUCUGCUCUGGGGAAAUAGAUAUCUAUAUAAAUAUUCUUUGUGGGUAUAAUUCUAAUGGAAGAGCAAUCAUUUUAAAAAAUAACUAGUAUUAUUGAGCAUUUACUCUGUGGCAGAUUCUAUGCUAAGAACGUUAGUAUACAUUGUGUAAAAAUAAGAAUAAUUUUAAUACCUUAUAGGUUGUUUUGAGAAUUAAAAUAGAUAACAUUUAAUGAGGCAAAGUGCUUAGAAACUGCCUGGCUCGCAGAGAGGGCUGGAUGAAAGAUAUCUGUUAUCCCAUUUAAUCCCAAUAAUUCUAUGCAAAGGGUGAGAGGAGUUCAUUAAUUUGAUCAAAUGGUCAGAACUAAUAUUUGGUGGCUUUGGAGCUAGAACCCACACCAUGCACCUUACCCUUGGUUAGCUUCCUGAGUCUUCCAGGAGCUAUGGUGGUCUGGUAACUAGGAGUGGAGUCAGAAACUGAGGUGUGUUUCCUGCUUUCUCAACUUACUUUUUGUGAGAGGUGCCUAUUGUUUGAUGGUUAAAUGACUAGUUUACUCCAUGUAAAAUCUUCUGCAACCUUGUUUUCAGAGGAAAUGCAAAGUUUACUAUUGCUACUGCCAUAGGUGGAAAUUUUAUAUUCAAUAAUGAAAAGGGUAUACAUCUUAAGCCAUACAUAUCUAUGGUUAACAAUUAUUGCUGGUCAUAUUUACUGAGAGUUUGCUAUGUGCCAGGGAAUUUACAUGGUCAAUUCAUUUUACAUGCACAAAUCCAGCAGGGAGUUAUUUUUCUCAUUUUUUAGAUCAAUGACUGAGACAUGGAAAAGUUGAGGAUGUUGCCCAAAAGUUUCAGAGAGAGCCUGGUAUAGAUCCAUGAUUUGAAACCAGAAAAAAACUAUGACAUCAACAUCCAAAGGAAUUCUCCGCCCAUUUUUAAUUGUCUGCUUUAUUCUGGGCUGCUUCAUGGCAUGUCUGCUCAUUUACAUCAAGCCCACCAACAGCUGGAUCUUCAGUCCAAUGGAGUCAGCCAGCUCUGUGCUGAAAAUGAAAAAUUUCUUCUCCACCAAAACUGAUUAUUUUAAUGAAACUACUAUUCUGGUGUGGGUGUGGCCAUUCGGGCAGACCUUUGACCUUACAUCUUGCCAAGCAAUGUUCAAUAUCCAAGGAUGCCAUCUCACAACAGACCGUUCACUGUACAACAAGUCUCAUGCAGUUUUGAUCCAUCACCGAGACAUCAGUUGGGAUCUGACUAAUUUACCUCAGCAAGCUAGGCCACCCUUCCAGAAAUGGAUUUGGAUGAAUUUGGAAUCACCAACUCACACGCCUCAAAAGAGUGGUAUUGAGCACUUGUUCAACCUGACUCUGACUUACCGCCGUGACUCAGAUAUCCAAGUGCCUUAUGGCUUCUUGACAGUGAGCACCAACCCCUUCGUGUUUGAAGUGCCAAGCAAAGAGAAGUUGGUGUGCUGGGUUGUAAGUAACUGGAACCCUGAGCAUGCCAGGGUCAAGUAUUACAAUGAGCUAAGCAAAAGUAUUGAGAUCCAUACCUACGGGCAAGCUUUUGGAGAAUAUGUCAAUGAUAAAAAUUUGAUUCCUACCAUAUCCACUUGUAAAUUUUAUCUUUCCUUUGAAAACUCAAUCCACAAAGAUUACAUCACAGAAAAGCUUUACAAUGCUUUUCUGGCUGGCUCUGUACCUGUUGUACUGGGGCCAUCUAGGGAAAACUAUGAGAAUUAUAUUCCAGCAGAUUCAUUCAUUCAUGUGGAAGAUUAUAACUCUCCCAGUGAGCUAGCAAAGUAUCUGAAGGAAGUUGACAAAAACAAUAAGUUAUACCUUAGUUACUUUAACUGGAGGAAGGAUUUCACUGUAAAUCUUCCACGAUUUUGGGAAUCACAUGCAUGCUUGGCUUGUGAUCAUGUGAAAAGGCAUCAAGAAUAUAAGUCUGUUGGUAAUUUAGAGAAAUGGUUUUGGAAUUAAAAUUUUUCAUCAUUUGCACACUUGAUAAAAUAUUUUGAUGCAAUAUCUUCCAACUUUUGAAGAUAAGAAAAGAAAUAUAAUAAUACUCUACCUUUGGGUCACAAUUUAUUUUUAUCACCUUCUCUUGGGUAACAUGCAUAUUUUGGUGGUGAUUUUUGAAAGCUCAGCAUUAGCAAUCAUUCCAUUUGGUUUUAAAUUAUCCUGUAUAUACCUGAUUAUGUGCACUGAAAAAUAAUUUAUUCUUCACUAUCAUUCGUAAACAUUGUUCAUUCACAUUUCUGUAGCUGUCCAUAAUGUAAGUUUCUGAUUUGAUUAUUGUUUCUACACUAAUCAGCUAUUUAAUCUAUUUCAGAGAUGAAGAUGUUUAUCUUAAAAUAUAAAAGAUUUUCACUAUUAUAAUCUUUAGUUCCAAGUUUGCAUACUGUAACAAAGAAAGAACAUAUUGCAAUUGAGUUCUAACCUCUCUGAAUUCAAAGUUGAACAAAGUGUGUAACUGUCUCUAUUUGAUCUAUUUUUUACCUGUUUACCACAUUUGUGAAGGCAAAUUUAUUCAUGUAUUGAAUAAGAAGGUGUGAAGCAGAGUUGUUCUAUUUAGGAAGCUAUUAAACUUCCCAUUUAUUUUCA